AUGGCCUCGCUGGAGGCGCUUUGCCAGGAGUCCUUUUUGAAGGAAGAUCCAGGCACCGGUCGCUUGGACCGGAGGCGCUUCCAGGUGGCGCUCCAACGGGUCUUGGGGAGCUUGGCUCUGCCGCAGCCGGACGCCACAUGGUUCGAUCGCGUCUUCGAGAGCUACGCGCCGAAGUGCGGCGGGAACGGUGUGUCGCUCCGUGCCAUGGAAGAUGCGGCGAAGCAAUUUGUGAACCAUCACCAGAAGAAGAGGGAACAGAAGGAACAAUCUGCGAAGCAGAUCGAGACUUCGACGCCCGGCAGCGAGGACCGCCCUGCGAAGCAGGCGGUCGGAAGGCCUGAGGCUGUGAAGGCGGCAGUUCGGAAGCAGGUCAUUGAGGAGACUGCUCUGCCGGUCCAGUUGCCCCACACGCCCUUCGCCCCCGCCGCGGGCGCCGCCCUCGGCUACACCGGCGCCAGCGGCUCCCCGUCGCGGCCGGGCUACGGCCGAGCGGUGGAGCUGGCGUCGGCGGUGAUGUGCCCCAUGAAGCAGGGCAGCAGCGUUUUGGAGGACUAUGUCAUGGACCAAAAGAUCGGCGAGGGGAGCUUUGGACAGGUGUGUGUGGUGACUCACAGGCUUACUGGCCAGAGAAGGGCCUGUAAGCGAGUGGCCAUCAACACUGACAUGGACCGGCGUUUGGUGGAGACGGAGAUUCAGCUUCUGAAGAAGUUGGAUCAUGGCAAUAUCAUGCGACUGUCCGAGAGCUCUGUGAGGGCGGCACCUUGCUCCAGGGCUUCGCCCGGCACGGCUCCGAAGCGCAGGCGGCUGCGGCGGUAA